CUCGGCGCGUUUCUUAUAGCCGGGGAAAAGUGGGAUGUAUUCCACAACUGGAGCCUCCUCCUUUUCGUUUAUUUGCUUCAGAUUGUGACACCCCCAGAGAGCUGCAUAGGGACCGAGCCUUCCUCCGCAGAGGUCAGUUGUUGAAUGGAGAGCGACACAUGUGGUGCGCUUUUUUUUUGUUUGUUCCUGGAUUACUAUUUUUAAGAGUUGCGGACUGCUUUUCUGAGAAUGGAGUAAAAGUUCCGCUUUUUGAACAAGUCCGAUUGGACCUAGCCUGCGUGCGAUGAGUGGAAAAAAAGCUGAGAAGCUCCCUGCUGCUUUUAGAGAGUGAGGAGGAUUAAACUGGCGCUCAGUGGAGGCACCAAGGCACUCUCACACAGGCAACCAGAGCUGGAGCCAUGAGCAGGGCGCUGGCUGAGCACAUCAGCAGUAGCUUCCGCGAAGAUGCUCCUCGUCCUCCGGUGCCGGGGGAGGAGGGAGAGUCGUCAUGCUAUAUCUCCAGCAGGUCUGGGAAAAUGAAAGCCCUCAGCAAGGUUAAAGACAGCCCUGCCAAUUCCGCGCUCCCCGGUUCAGCACCGCGGAGGAACGAGGAUGGACUGGGGGAGCCAGAGGGAAGUGCUUCCCCGGACUCGCCGCUGAUCCGCUGGACAAAGUCUUUGCAUUUUCUUCUUGGUGAUCAAGAUGGUGCUCACCUCUUCAGGACCUUUUUGGAGCAGGAUAAUUGCGUGGACACGUUGGACUUUUGGUUCGCCUGCAAUGGUUUCAGGCAAAUGGACCUCAAGGAUACCAAAACACUGAGAGUUGCCAAAGUUAUUUUUAAAAGGUACAUCGAGAACAACAGCAUUGUUGCCAAGCAGCUCAAACCCGCCACCAAGACCUUCAUAAGGGAUAGUAUUAAAAAGCAACAAAUAGACUCCGCCAUGUUCGACCAGGCACAGAUGGAGAUCCAGUCCAACAUGGAAGAGAGUGCUUACCAGAUGUUUUUGACUUCUGACAUAUACCGCGAAUACGUGCGCACAGGCUGUGAGAAUGCGGCGUACAUGAAUCACGGCGCGCUGGGUAACCUCAAGCUUAUGUGCGGAUACCUUCCUCCUCUUCUGGAGGAAGAGGAGUGGAGCUGUCAUGACCUGAAGGCGAAAGCUUUAGCUUCUGUUAUUGGACUGUCUGCUAAAUCCCUGAGGGCAGCUGCUACCAUCGGGACAGCAGCUGAAAUUCUGGAGAAUGGCUGCAGGGCGCACCAUCGAGGAGACAAUGCCAGCCCUUAUUUUGUCAACUCUGGCUACAUUUUUGCUCCUGCCACCAGUGCCAACGAUAGUGAGAUCUCCAGUGAUGCUGCAACGGAUGAUUCUAUGUCCAUGACAGACAGCAGUGUAGAUGGAAUACCUCCUUACAAGCUGGGCACCAAGAAGCAUCUCCAGCGAGAGAUGAAUCGCAGUGUCAAGAUCAACGGACAGGUCACACUUCCCCACUUUCCCAGGACGCAUCGUCUGCCCAAGGAGAUGACCCCUGUUGAGCCCUCAGCAUUUGCCGCCCAACUCAUAGUGCGUCUCGAGAAGCUGAAGCAAGAACAGGAAACCAUGAGCUCGCUGGCAGAGAGGCUACAGCAGAUCCAAGAGGAAGAGGAGAGCAACAAUAUCGCCAGCAACGCCUCCCAUCACGCGCUUCUUCCAUCUGGCAGCCAAUGUGAGGAAGAUCCCCAAGCUAUCCUUGAUGAGCACCUGUUGCGGGUCCUGAAGACACCUGGCUGCCAGUCACCCGGUGUGGUUCGGCACUCGCCGCGUUCACAAUCCCCAGAACGGACAGGUGCCUCGGUCUCUUUCGGCCACGCGCCCUUUGAUGCUUGUCCUGGGGCUGCCAAGGUUAUAACGUCAGGCCGGCAAUCCACAAAACACACCCACCACCACUAUAUCCACCAUCACCAUGCUGGGCCGAAGACCAAGGAGCAGGUUGAGGUUGAAGCGGCUCAGCGUGUGCAGUGCGUCUGCCCUUCAGGAGGCACCAAUUACUCUGACCUGAGCCCUGCCACUCUGACAAGACAAGUCAGAUCCUGCUCCGAUGGUUGGUCUUCACCAUGCCUUCCGCUUGAUGCCACAGACCGAUCUCAGAAUGUUUGGCAGUGGAUUCUGGAGAGCGAGAGGCAGGGCAAACACAAGGCCCACAGCUCUCCUGGCCUUAAGAAGCCCAACCCUCUGGACCCCAAGCCUGGUCGAACUCCCAUGUUAUGGGGUGGAGGUGGCAUUGGUUCUGGCAAUCUCCGUGGGCACCACCCCGGCCAUCCGUUCAUACUGGACCCGGCCAUUCCACCUCUACCGCCGCCCAACACCCUAGCACAGCUCGAAGAGGCCUGUCGACGACUGGAGGAGGUCUCUAAGCCACCAAAGCAGAGCUUCAGAGACAGGAGCCAUGCAUCCACUGCCAUACCUGCCGGAGGUAGCGUCAAAGCCAGUUCUGGACUCCAAUCAGACGAGUCAAAGGAGCUCAUGAUCACCUACUUCUUCUGUGGUGAGGAGAUUCCUUACCGGAGUGUAAUGAAGACCCACUGCCUCACGUUGGGACACUUUAAAGAACAGCUUAGCAAGAAAGGCAACUACCGGUACUACUUCAAGAAGGCCAGCGAUGAGUUUGAGUGCGGUGCCGUGUUCGAGGAGGUGUGGGAGGACGCCUCAGUGUUGCCCAUGUACGAGGGCAAGGUCCUGGGGAAGGUGGAGAGGAUCGACUAAAAAAAAAAACAGACCCAAAAACACCCAGAAAACUUGAGGAAGAGACUUUGUAAUUACCUUUUCUUUGUUUUAUUUUUUUUUGUUUUUUUAAAGAAAUUAUUAAUACUAAGCUAAAAAGAGUUAAUAUAUCCAGCACAAUAUGUGAUUGAAGGAAGACGAGCCAAUUAAGUAUGCCUAACCCAGAGGAGGUGCUGUCCCUCCCUGAUUUUUCUCAACCAGUCAGCCUUAAAUGCGCAAGGGAACGACACAAAAGACCAAUUUGAGGACGAUGACUGGAGGCCAGUGAGGCGGGACCCGUGCCGCUUCUUGACUGUAACCACUGUUUUGAUUUUGUGUGAUAAGAGACUGCUGCAUUCACACUGACUCCGGGUUCACGUGCAACGGAAAAAAUGGCAGGACUGGAGACACGCGGCACUUCAGAUUACUGCAUUGCUACAAAAUGUUUGUAUACAUACAUGCAUAUAUGUAUAUAUACAUGUAUUGUAUUUAGAUGCGUUGUGUCAUGAGUUGAAAGUUUUUAGUAUUUAUUUUGUACAAAAAAAAAAGUCUUUACCCCUCCCAGCUAUCCCGCACCCCAUUUCUAGCCAACGGGCAAGCUACUAUGAAUGCUGGGAGAAUACUGUGGUGAUUUUGUUGAGUGGUUUGUUUUGUAUUUACAAUAUAAAAAGGAUAACACGCUAGCCUAGCACCUCCCAUAGCCUUGUUAGUCCCUCUGGCACAAGAUGACAAGACAACCUUCAGCGGUCUUGGCCGAGGCUUGUAAUGGUCAAUACCAGUUUUUCUAUGCUGCUGAAAGUUUGCAAUGUUAGGUUUGUCACGCGAGCGUUUGCUUUUUGUCCUUUUGCCUCUUUAGUUUGGUGACAGAGCUCGAUGUUUUGUUGUGCCUUUGUUUGUAAACUAGGCUUUGCACAGGGGGAUACGCGCAAAGUAGAGACCUGAAGCACAAGUUGUACCAUCUAAUAAUGGCAGUGUUUACAGCUCACGCACCAAAAUUAUUUCAGCUAACGAGAACAAGUUUGGCUGACUUAGACGCAGACUUUUUUUUAGGAGGUGAGCUGGUGUAUCAAAAACAGGGGUAAAAAGUGAACAAUGAAGAACAAUAGCUCUGGUAUUCUUUCUUUGAAUGUUGUUACAGUGGCUUUGUGUUUAUCAGAACUCCUGUACUUGUACAUGUGGUAAUUAUGCAUUGGGAAGUAUGGAUACUGACACUCGUGUUGCACAUAAAGAGUUGACUCUGAAAAACAACACACUUACACAACCACACUAUUAUUGCUGGUGUUUUAGGAGUACAGUCGUGUGCCUAAAUGAAUGCCAUACCAUGUGCUGCCCUGUUUCAGGGUUUUAAUAUAUAUCCCUUGGUUUUCAGAAGGGUUUUAUGUUGAAAAGAUAUUUUUAUGCUUUUAUUAAUAUCUUGUAAUCAUGUUUAUUGUUUUGUGCUUUUAAGGGUUUUUUUCACACCACAGCUGUUUUCAUUCUAUCAAAACUGUAAAUUAUACAUUUAUAUACAGAGUUCCAUUUAAGAAUUUACAUGGACCUAUAAUUAUUGUAAUUAUUGAGAUGUAGCCUUUAUUAAAGUUUUAUAU